GAACCAUGAAUUGGUUGCCCCAAGCGGAGAUGUACUAUCAGCUGGGUGAGGUGUCAUUGAAAUGGGAGUGAAUCACAUCCUUAAAUCAACAAACACCUUUGCUUGCGGCCCAGAAAGUUCAGCCCUGGAGCACAAGAUACACUUUAUACUCCUCUUCAGCCGACAAGGGAAAUUAAGACUUCAGAAGUGGUUUAUUACAUUGCCUGAGAAAGAAAAGAAAAAGAUCACCCGAGAAAUUGUGCAGAUUAUUCUUGCUCGCAGUCCCAAAAUGAGCAGUUUUGUUGACUGGAAAGACCUCAAGCUUGUUUACAAAAGGUAUGCUAGUUUAUAUUUCUGCUGUGCCACUGAAGACCAAGAUAAUGAGCUCCUGACCCUGGAGGUCGUCCAUCGUUAUGUAGAGCUGUUGGACAGAUAUUUUGGCAAUGUUUGCGAACUGGAUAUUAUCUUCAAUUUUGAAAAGGCGUACUUUAUUCUUGAUGAGUUUCUAAUGGGAGGGGAAAUUCAAGAAACUUCAAAAAAAUCUGCAGUGAAAGCCAUAGAGGAUGCAGACAUGUUACAAGAGACAAUGGAAGAAUACAUGAGCAAGCCUGCCUUUUAACUGGAACUCCCACAGGCAGGAAAAGAUGCUGCAGUCAAUGUACAUGUAAAGGCUGCUGUUUCUAGGUGCCAGAUUGUUUGAGAAACGCAAAACCCCCAAACCCUUGCAGGAGCCAAGAUGGAGAUCAGCUGCAGUAGCGCAUCUACAGAAGUGUGCGUGUAUUAUACUUUAUACUAAUUUCCUAUAAUCUAAUAUUUUUGGCUGUCUAGACUGAACAUUUGUCGUUAGGGCAUUUCUUAGCUACCCAAUUUUUCAUUCUAAGAAAUCGAAGGAUAUAUUUAUAUGACUUUUGGGUCAGUUUCUGACGAGUUCGGUAUAAUUUUGUAAAAAAAGAAGCCAUUUAUUUUCAAUGUGAUCAUUUUUCUGGACUAAUAAUAAUGA